UCUCUCUCUCUCUCUCUCUCUCCCUCAUCCAUGGAUGGUUGUUGAACUUGAAUGGAUUGAUGAGCUUUUCGCAAGACGAACUCGUUUUUCCUUUUUCAUUUUCUCAUCUGGGUUUUGUUUUGCUGGUUCUCUCUCUCUCUCUCUCUCUCUCUCUCUCUCUCUCUCUCUCUCUCCUGCUUUUCUCCACUCUUGGGGUUCAAAUUCCACGCUCUCUCUUCGAUGACACGGCUUUCACACCUCGCCCCUCUCGCCUCUCUGAAAUUUCAAUCUUCUUCUGCUCAAUUUCCUGAGCUGAAUUCUCCAUCCAAGUUUUGUUUUUUGAGCUGACUUACUAUCAUUGCUUGUUCCCUUUCAGGCACUUCCGCGGAUUCAUCAACUUGGGUUUUAUUGCUUUUUUAUCUCGCUUAUAUACUCCUCUUUUUCGCUGCAAAAGAUCUCUACCUGGCAAAGCAUUUGCAUCCUCUCUGUCGUAGACAGCUUGAUCUUCCCAAAAAGGUUGAACUUGGGUUCUGUUCCUAGGAUUUUCAUAAAGGAAAAAAGAUGAAGUGCUUUUACUUCAAGAACAAAUCCAAGUGCAAGGACAAAGCUGUAUCCGCCCCGGAGUGCGGAACCGAGCGAGAACCCGGCAAUUCGGCAGCGAAUCGGACGACGAAGUCAUUGAGCUCAUUGCCAUCCCCUAGAAGAAGCAUAACUGAAUUGUACAAAGAAAAGCAACACGCUUUGAGAGUUUUCGCCUACGAAGAGCUGAGGCAAGCCACAAAUGGAUUUAGCAGGAUGUUGAAGAUCGGUGAAGGCGGUUUCGGGAGCGUCUAUAAGGGCACUGUUAGCCCUCCCAAUGGUAAAGGUCGCCCUCUCGUGGUUGCCAUCAAAAAGCUUAAUCAGAAUGGAUUGCAGGGUCGUAAAGAAUGGCUUAUGGAAGUUCAGUGUCUUAGCGUCGUGAAUCACCCGAACCUCGUGAAGCUUUUAGGAUACUGCUCCGUGGAAAAUGAAAGGGGCGUGCAGCUCCUGUUGGUUUAUGAGUUCAUGUCGAACCGGAGCUUGGACGACCACCUCUUCAACAGGGCUUUGCCUACUUUGCCAUGGAAAACUAGAUUAGAGAUCAUUCUUGGGGCAGCCGAGGGACUGGCUUAUCUGCAUGAGGUCAUGGAACCCAAGGUGAUUUACCGAGAUUUUAAAUCAUCCAAUGUCCUUUUGGACGACAACUUUAGGCCAAAGCUAUCUGAUUUCGGGAUGGCAAGAGAAGGGCCGGAAGAUGACCGCACUCAUGUGACUACAGCGGUGGUGGGAACAUACGGUUAUGCUGCACCGGAAUACGUCGAGACAGGCCACCUCACAAUCCAGAGCGACAUAUGGACGUUUGGGGUGGUGCUCUACGAGAUCCUCACAGGGAGGCGGGCGGUGGAAAGGAGCCGCCCACCGAAGGAGCAGAAGCUCCUGGACUGGGUGAAAGAUUACCCUGCUGACAGCAGGAUGUCUAUAAUGAUAAUGGACCCGCGGCUACGCAACCAGUACUCCUUCGCUGCAGCUAGGACAGUCAUGAAGUUGGCGGAGAGUUGCUUGUGUAAGAAUGCAAAAGACAGACCCACGAUGAGCGAGGUGGUCUCGACCUUAAAGCAGGCAAUAGAGCAAUCAGGAGAGACAGCAACUUCUGCCACUGGGAAUGCCGAAUCAUCUGGUACUAGGAAAGUCGGUCAAAGCAGGAAGUAACAUGAAUCAAUAUAAUCCCAGGAGUUGUGUUUGUUUCGCGUCAAGAUCGUUACAAGUAAAUAAAGUAUCUUUAGAAUCACAGAGAACGGAACUAUUGCGAGACGAAGAGAGAGGCUAUGUGGAUGCGUGACGGAAUCUGUUCAUUUUAUGUAAAUGUAGGAGUCAUUACGGAGUUUGUGAGGGGGAACUUCAGGGUAUUAAUUUUUAUUCUUUCCAUCUUCUUUCUUGUGGUCGUUGAGAAUUUGAGGAAUGUUGUUCGCAUUGCUUUGUAAAUCAGCCUUUUCUCCUCCU